UUCCAAAAUAGGAGAGCAAAAUGGAGGAAGACUCAGAAGCAAAGAGACAAGGGUAAGAAACCAGCUACCUGUGGAGUUCAGAGCUCACCCUGUACUGAACCUGGCAGUGGCAGGGAUCACCCUGUACAAACUGGGCAAAUGGGCUCCUCAAUUUUAAGUGGACAAUCCAUUCUGGACAACCAGUCCUUAUUAGCUAAUCAAUCCAUAUUAGCUGACCAGUCUAUAUUAGCUAAUCAAUCCAUAUUAGCAGGUGAAGCAAUGUUAACGAGAACUCCAUACGGAAUCAAUCGUUCUCUCCAUGGCGAUCAUAAUGGACAGGUACAAACAAGCCGAUCCGUCCUUAUAAGGCAAUCUACACUACCCGGGCAGUCCAUGACACCAGGGCCCUUAUAUGGACUAAAUCACAACCAACGUGACACAUCAUACUCUUUCCCAUCAGAGCUUGCGUUCCUUUACGCAGCACAAGGCUAUGAUUGGUUGACAAGAAUGCGAUAUAAUAACACACCAGGCCAAGACGUGACAUUGAGAAAUCACGAAAAACUUACAGAAAAUGUGAACAUUGACACUAUGAUGAGACAUCAUAGACAUUUGACAUUUGGGACUGCAUUCAUGCCACUCCCUAAUGACAUCACACAUUACUCUUUAAUGGACCUUCGUAAAAAGGCCAGAAUGCAUAGGUUGUAAAUUAAUGUCACAAUACAGGGUGGGCCAUAAAAUUAAGAUAUGUGGAACAUAGGGUGGGCCAUAAAAAUGGGGUAUGUGGAAAAUAGGGUGGGCCAUAAAAAUGGAGUACAUGUAUGUGGAAUAUAGGGUGGGCCAUAAAAAUGGGGUAUGUG